AUGAGAAGCUUGCACCUGCUGCACGUUCUUGAGCUGAUCUUGUACAUCACUGCUGUCGCCAACCAAAGUGAGCAGGGCCCGAGGCCACCACACAUCCGUCACCCAGGAGAGCAGGCACAUGAGUUUCCUUUACGGCAACGGCAUGCAAGGCACCUGUCCGACAUGCAGGGUCAGCACGUCGUUGUCUUGCAAACGUGCUCGCUUUACUGUACCUCCGGCCAGUGUAUCGCCCGAAGCGUGUAUCGCCCGAAGCUGUCAGCAGCCUUCUCUUGCCAACUCUUAGAGCGGUCUGGGCCCUUUGGCACAAACUGGUGA